UAUCAAGAAAGAAGUGGAAGUAUUGAUGGAGGUUGUGAGUAGCAGUGUGAGUGUUGUGCCUCUCCCACAACCUGGACACAACAUUCGUGGACACCAGUCUGGAAACACCACCUGCCAGAGAGACAGACCAGCUGAUUGUCUGGGCUACCGGAGGCUAGGAUUCAACGCCAGUGGAGUCUAUGAUAUAUAUCCCAUUAGUUGCUGCCAGCCAGUGUCAAUAUGGUGUGACAUGGUCACCAGUGGGGGUGGCUGGACGGUUGCACUCUCUCGCGGACCUCAGCUUGUGCCUGAAAACUUUGCUCGCCUCUGGGACGACUACAAGUCUGGCUUUGGUAAUCCGAAUCGUGAGUACUGGAUAGGAAAUGAGGUGCUUCACCAUAUGACGAUGACGAUUCCCACUGCUGUCAGAGUGGACGUUGAAAACUUCAGUGGAAAACGCAAGUUUGGCGAAUGGGGAAGAUUCAGUGUAGCCAAUGAAUCCCAGCAGUAUAAGUUGGCUGUAGAAAACUACUGGGACGUGAGUACUCUUGGUGAUGACUUGAAACGCAAUAACGGAGCCACCUUCACCACACUGGACCGUGACAACGAUGACAACAUCGUCGUGGAAAAUUUUGCAGAAGCAGGCUAUGGAGUAGCUCUACAAAACUCUCUGCACUGAAUGGUCCUGCACCGCCACACUCGUGAUGUCGACAACAGUCCUAGACUCUCAGCCGUCAUCAGGCUCCAACUAGACUUCAGGGAUUCCUUGGUAAUUGACGUGAAACAUCUCCCAGAGGCUCGCCAGGCUUCUCCUACCAUCGUUUCUAAGUCCUUAGUUCUCGAUAUUGCACGUCUGCAAUUUUUUUUAAAUCGAGAGCAAAUCAUAAUACAUCUUACCACACAAACUGAUGGGAAAGCAGUGACUGAUGGGAAAGAAGCAACGCAGGAAAAAUAUAUUCAUAUUAAGUGUCACUUUCGCGCAUUUGAUGAUUUCUAGGGUCGUCACCAAAUUUUCUUACGUUUCCGCAU